AUGGUACUAUUUCUCAACAACACAGGCACCCAGGUGACUGAAUUCCUGAUGAUUUGCUUCCCAGGAAUGCAGGAAACACAGCACUGGCUAUCUGUAGUCCUUGCUCCCCUCCUGGUUUUGGCUUUGGGGGCCAACUUUGUGUUAUUACUCACCAUUCAGCAAGAGACAUCUCUGCACGAACCCAUGUACUACCUGCUUGCCAUCCUCUCCGUGCUGGAUAUCAUCCUCUGCCUCACUGUCAUCCCCAAGUUUUUGAGAAUAAUGAUUCUGGCAGGUCCUGUCAUCUUCUGGUUCAACAUGAAGACCAUCAGCCUUGCAGGCUGCUUUCUGCAGAUGUUCAUCAUGAAUACAUUCCUUCCUAUGGAGUCUUCCACCUUCCUGGUCAUGGCCUAUGACCGCUAUGUGGCCAUUUGCCAUCCUCUGCACUACCCGUCCAUCAUCACUGAAAUUGUCAUUUAUGCAGCCAUCUUCAUUGUCUUCCGCAUUCUGGCCACACUACCCACACCAGUUCUGGCUGCCAGGCUCAACUACUGUGCCAGCAAUGUGGUGGAGAACUGUAUCUGUGCCAACAUUUCUGUAGCAAAGCUCUCCUGUGGGGAUAUUCACCCAAAUAAGCUCUACCAAUUUGUGAGUGUUUGGUGUCUACUGGGUUCUGACCUAGUGCUCAUCUUACUAUCCUACUGCUUCAUCCUGAGGGCUGUUAAACGUCUGCAAUCGGGAGGUGCAGCAACCAAAGCCUUGAGUACUUGUGGUUCCCAUCUCAUUCUUAUACUUUUCUUCUAUACAUUGCUGCUUGUCUUCAUCUUCACAAACAAGGCAGAAAAGAAGGUGCCCUCAGAGGUACCCAUUCUUCUCAAUGUCUUGCACCACCUCAUUCCACCAGCCCUGAACCCCAUUGUUUAUGGAGUACGAACCCAGGAAAUCAAGCAAGGUAUUCUCAAACUAUUCAAGUACCAGUUUUGAGAGAUAGGAGUCAAAGAUCCAGGAUUAUGAAAGUCUGUUUUAGUGAUAGAUUCAUCUAA